GCGAUCAGUCCAGGUUCGUUUGCCAUGGAACUUUGACGCCAUCGGUCGCGGACGCAACGUUGAUAUCUGGAGGAAUACCAGUGAAAACGGGAAAGGAGGAGGAGGUGGAACAAACUGCGAAUGUGGGGAAAUUAGCACAGAUUGCCAGCGGUGCGAAGAAAUCACCAGCACACUGCCAGAUAUUUCAACAAAUACCCAAAUAUACACUUCGUGAAUAAAAAGCCGAAAGAGCCGUAAUAUCUUACUAAUUAGAGGCAGAACAGAUUCCGGGUGUCGGCAGAGAUUGCCCGCCGAGUAUAAUUAUUUUCAUGCCGUCAGUUAUUGUUGAUUUCUCCGGAUAAGUAAUCGACCCAUUAAAAAGGGGGCGCAUCCGAUUGGCAGCCGGAGCCAGCUGAACCGACUCUCGAUUCCGACACAACGUAAAGUUUAUUGUUGUUUUGGCCACGGUAGUGUAAACAAAUAGCCGCAGACAGAAGUGGCGGCAUCAAGAUGGAGAACGUACGCUUCUCGAUUAUUGAAAACGAUCUAAAAUGGAACUCGGAAAGUGAUCAAACAGCUGAUGUGGACCUGCUCUUGGACAAGCGAAGCAUCUCCAGCGAGGAUAACAGUGCCGGGAUUUUCAGCGACGAGGCGCAUGAGAUCUUCGCGCGGCAACAGCAGAACCAAAAUCUUUGGGAACUCGAUGAAAUUGAGAAAACCUUGACCGCGGCGCCGGGCGGGAAGCAGGUUUUGGAAAUGGUCCGUUCUGGCCGUUGCCUGGAAUUAAUGUCCGACUCCUCCGACUGCAAUCGAGAUCUGGCCCUGAUUUGCUGCUCGGCAUUUGGGGGAGUGGAAAAUAUUAAUUUCCUGCUAAAACACUAUAAUGUGGACCCUAACGUGACGGACAUUCGAGGUCGGACCCCCCUGCACUUCGCGUGCUGCCGCUCCAGUGCUCCCAUUGCAAAAGUUUUGCUCGACUACGGCGCCGACCCGAAUCGCUGGGAUGCGAAAAAGGAGGUGACGUCGUUGCACUGUGCGGCUAGCUCUAAAAGUGUCGAGUGCAUCCUUCUGCUGCUGCGACGGAAGGCGAAUAUUAAUAUUGGCAUUGAAAAGCGUUCUGCCCUGCAUUACGCCAUCGACGUCAAUGCGGUGGACUGCGUCGAGAUCCUUUUGAAGUACGGUGCCGACCCGAACACCCCGCAGGUGUACACAGAAACGCCACUGCAUACUGCAAGCGCAGCGGGAUUCGCCAAGUGUGUCCAACUGCUUCUUGGCCACAACGCAGACGUACGAUCGCAGUUCGGCGAAGGAAAGGUCACGGCUCUGCACUUGGCUGCGGAGAACGAUUACGUUGAGUGUGCUCGUCUGCUCCUGGAGCACCGGGCUGAGGUGGACUGCCGCAACGCCAGCCACCAGACACCCUUGCACCUCGCCUGUCUUUCCCAGUCAAUUGGUACAGUGGAUAUUCUUAUUUCAUAUGGCGCCAAUGUGAACGCCGUAUACCGGGACGGAAGAACGGCCCUGCAUGCAGCAAUAGUAAAGCAGUCACGUUGCCUGGACUGCUGCAAUGCAUUGCUCAAGGCGGGAGCGGAUGUUAACAAGGCAGAUAACUAUGGUUAUACUCCGCUCCACAUCGCAGCACUAAAUGAAUUUAGCAACUGUGUGUACACGUUCAUAGAACACGGGGCGGAUAUCACCGCUAAAACGGACGGAAAUGUAUCGGCACUGUCGUUCAUAGUGCGGCGCACUCCCGAGAUAAUACCCAAGGUAAUGCAAAAGCUCGACCGUUCCAUAAAGGCAAACGACCAUGAAAUUGGGGACGUAGACUGUCAGAUAAAGCUGGACUUCAGACUGCUGGUUCCCAGUUCUUCGAUGGAACGUGGCGAAACUGAGCUGCUUAUCUGCCUUAUAGAAGUGGGGCAGAAACGUAUCCUAAUGCACCCGCUUUGCGAGACUUUCCUAUUUCUCAAGUGGCGACGUAUCCGAAAGUUCUUUCUUAUGAGUUUGGCUUACCACACACUCUUCGUGCUCCUCUUCACAUUGUACGUGAUACGGGUAUAUGUCCGUUGCUGCAAGGAGGGGGAGAUAUGCGUGGCUCCAGGAUACGUUUCCACAAUUGGAUACCUGGUGAUCAUUCUAAACCUUAUCCUGUUGGGAAAGGAGGUGUUCCAAAUGGCCCAUGGUUUGCGAGGCUAUGCAAAGUAUUGGGAGAACUGGCUGCAAUGGGCCAUAGUAUGUGGAGUAUUGUUAUGUGUGUCUCCAGAGACUGUGCGAUCUGAUGAUUUAACAGCGGUGCCGGUAUGGCAGCAUCACGUGGCAGCUGUAGUGAUUUUGCUAGUGUGGCUGGAGCUGAUGAUGUUGGUGGGUAGAUUCCCCAUUUUUGGUGUAUAUGUCCAAAUGUUCACAAAAGUGGCUGUUAAUUUUGCAAAAUUCCUGCUGGCCUAUAUAUGCUUACUGAUAGCUUUUGGUCUCAGUUUUGCCGUGCUCUUUAACGAUUAUCCUGCUUUUGAGAACAUUACGUGGUCCUUUUUAAAAUCCAUCACGAUGAUGUCCGGGGAGCUGGAGUUUGAGGACAUAUUUUACGGCAAUUACGAAGUCAAGUUUCCAGUUACCGCUCACAUUAUAUUCCUGUCCUUCGUGCUGCUUGUUACAGUGAUCCUAACCAAUCUGAUGGUGGGCUUGGCCGUCAGCGACAUUCAAGGCCUGCAAGUGAGCGCAACACUGGAUCGCCUGGUGCGUCAAGCCGAACUAGUGUCGCGCCUAGAGAGCCUCUUUUUCUCGCGCCUACUGCGAAGUGCACCCACCAACCUGAUUCAGCUGUGUAAGCGGAGUGCUCUCUUGCGCACUUCCCGCGAUAAACUGCAGUUUACUAUCCGACCCAACGACCCCCGCGAUAACCAGUUGCCCGAGAACAUCAAGUUAAACGUCUAUAAGCUGGUCGCCGAACGGCGGGACAGGGACCAAAGCAUCCGGCGCCGGCAGUUCGAGAAGAACUACAACAUAUUCAGCCGAAGUCUGCAGCGUCAGCAGGAACCGUUCCAAAGGGAUUCCCUCCAGCCAGAGCCAGCCAUGGGAAACCCGAAGAAGGCGCAAAAUAUCCUUCAAAUGCACGAGCUUCUACGUCCCCGAUCAGCAACAAAUGUGCCUCAGCAGAUGCGACAGGAGCAGGAGGGAGCGGUCCAUCUAAAAAACCAGGGAAAUGUCCUAAGCUCCCUGCAAGCUGAAGUGUACGCGAUUAAGAUACAACUUGGGGAACUGUUAUCAAAAUUUGAGUGCUUCUCGGAGAGCGCAACUCGCAAGCUGAACUAUAGUGCCGAAGAACUGUGCCGCCUUCGCCAGCAGAGUCAGUCGGUCACAUCGGGUUAGUUUUAAUUCUUAUUUACAACUCAAGUAAAUUACAAACGUUAUUUGGUAAAAUUUUACAAUUAUUAAACACCAGAAAACCUU